AUGCCGUUUCUAUCUGGAACUUAUCAAGCAUUCGUUGCUCGUAAAGAAGCCCAUCAAGCACAUCGAGAAAAGAAGAAGCAAAUGAGAAAGUCAAAAAUUGUACCAGUAGCAACGAGUGUACGUUGUUAUCCGCUACGUUAUGGUCCAGGAGUAGAAUUGAUUGGAUCGCUUCACGAGUUAAUAGACGAUUGUAAUUUGAAAUCAAUAUUUAUUAUAACCUGUAUUGGUAACAUUAAAUCAUGUAUUAUAAAAUUGUCCAAUACACUGGAAUAUAAACCAAUUAAUUCAACAUGUGAUAUUGUUUCAUUAGUUGGUACAUUUGACUCAGAAGGUGGACAUCAUAUUUAUGGAAGUUUUGCUGAUGCAAGAGGAAAUAUCAUUAGUGGACAAAUUGAAUCGUUAAUUGUUCAUCAAACUAUAGAAAUUCUCUUAGCCGAAUGUAAUGAUGCUAUAUUCGUAAGAGAACAUGAUACAAGAACUGGAGAAAAUGAACUUGUUGUAAAACGAAAACCAUUUACAGAACAAGAUUAA